CUCUAGGAAGAACCCAAAUCAGGAUCCAGGGGGGAAAGGAGCAUACAGUCACGCUGCGGCGAGUCAAGUCAACCCUCCUCCAAAGCCCGCAGGCCUCUUCCCAGGGCGACCAACGUCGGACAGUUGAAAUGAAAUCGCCGCCACCGACAAUUCAGUGAAUGGAUAUCUUAUGGCCGUGUUCUUUCUCUGUCACACUCAGUAACCUGUAUGAAACAAUUACUUGCACUCCUGCAAACUUUUCGUCCUCGACCGUGGCCAGUUGGGUAGUCGUACGGGUCGGGGGAGGCUGGGGUUGACGUACCUUCCUUUAUGCACCCUUGCUCCGUUCCGUCUUGGGAGCUGCCGUGAUGGGAAAUCGUCCGCCGGCAGUUCGUUGCAUCGCAUACGGCGUGAUGGGCUUGGCGACGCAGAAGCAGUCUAGCAGCAGAAGAUACGACACCCAUGACAAAGCAGUUUCCCUCUAGUUUGCGUGUUUGCUAGCUUGCUAAGGGCCUGCUCGGUUUUCGGUUGACUGCAUUGAAUGCGAGGUAUGUGAAUGUCCUGACUUGAAAAAGGUGCCCUUUGUUUACCGUUCUGUCUGGGAGCACUUUGCUCAGCAGUCUUUAUGGCGAUGUCUCUAGCCGCGAGACACCGGAAGCAAGGAUGGUCAUGGUGAUGGGAGGGGAAGAAACGAUGGUCAAGAUCUACAAACCACCCUCCCCGCUUCCGGUCCGGCGGGGGUAAAUGUCAGGAAGCUUGCAGUUGUCGGCGGCUAGUAUCCGGUGCGGCAGGUAGGGGUGGAUGAAGAUGAUAGACCCGCUGCUCCCUUUAACCUUCUGAUGACAAGGGAAAUAGCAGGAAGAUGGCUGCGUCUCCUUCCCUGUUUCGUUUUCAACACACUAGACCGUGCUUGCGCAAACACUUGGCUGCCAGUCCAGUGCCCUAUAUAACCUGCAUCUAGCGUUGUUAGUCGGACAUCAGGUUGUCCUCCGACCCUUCUCAGCUUCUCAGAAGAUUGGCCUCAGAAACCAUUAUACGAGCAAGACAGCUUGGCUUGGCAUCACGUACGGCAGCAUCUCCACUGUCCCGGCGCAGCUUCCCAAAAAGAUGGCAUCCGUCAAGUCCCUCGUCGCAGUAGUUGCGGCACUGGGAGCGGCCCUGCUUCCAGCAGUUGCGGCUCAAUGCGCCAACCUGACGCCCGUCUCACAGCCCCAACUCGCUCCAGGCUACUCGGCGAAACUUAUAUUGAACCAGCUGAGCGACCCUCGCAGCCUUCAGUUUGACAGCCUCGGCAACCUCCUCAUCGUUGAACAAGGCGGCACUGGCGUUCGAUAUGUAAAGCUGACGGACAAAGGCGGAGUGAAUGUUUGCGUAGCUUCUCAGAAGCAGCUCAUUCCCAACGGAAACCUCACUCAUGGAAUUGCUCUCUCGGCCAAUGGGAAAACCCUCUACGCGUCGACGGCUACGGACGUGCUGGCCUAUCCCUAUAACGCCGCUGCUGGCACCGUCGGGCAGGCCCGGUCCAUCAUCAACGGCAUGGCACAGAGCGGGUACCACCAGACCCGCACUCUGCUGAUUCCCAAAGAUAGGCCGAACGUGUUGCUCGUUUCGCGCGGUUCUGCCCCGAAUCUCGACCUUCCGACGGCUGAGGCCUCGUCUGGCCGUAGCCAAAUUCGUGCUUUCGAUCUGAACAAGCUCGCAUACGGCCCCAUGCCCUAUACCUCGGGUGAAGUCUUUGGGUGGGGACUGCGCAACAGUGUCGGCGUUGGAGAGAAUCCCAAGGACGGUGGCAUUUGGUCUGUGGAGAACUCACUAGACGACAUGGAGCGCAGCGGCGUGGAUAUCCAUAACGACAACCCCGGCGAGGAACUCAACUACCACGGCAGCUACAAGGCAGCGCGCAACCCUUUGAAGGGGGCCAAUUAUGGCUACCCCCACUGUUUUGCCGUCUGGGAGACCAGCACCAUUGCCGGCGUGCCUGACGUCCAGGUAGGAAGCCAAGUCAUACAGGGGAGCCCGUCAGGCAACAUCACGGACGAGUACUGCCAAACGGUGCCUGUGGCGCCGCGCCUCACCUUCACUGCCCACACGGCGCCUUUGGACAUCAAGUUCCACCCCAACGGAAGAUCUGCCUACAUUUCCUUCCACGGCAGCUGGAACCGACAGCCCCCUGAUGGCUAUCGUCUGAGCAAGGUCGAGUUUGGUGCCAACGGACAGCCGGUUGCAGCUUCAACCAGCAAGUCUGCCGAAAUCAAGGUCGCCUGGAACAGCGAUAAUGCUGUCUGCCCUGGAAGCUGCUUCAGGCCCGUUGGGCUUGCCUGGGACAAGAAGGGCAGGUUGUUCAUGGUUAGCGACUCUACUGGCGAGCUCUUCGUCCUCACGGUGCCAUCUUAGGAGUUUAGUGAGCUGUACUGUCCUCAUCAUGGUAUUACGUUGCAACGACAAUAGUUUUGCUGGUGGAUGUUUCAUUUUUGGGGGGUGGGUUAUAAUUCCUGCCCAUAGUUGAAGGCUCGUCUAUGGGGUUCCACAGAUAUCCAUGAUAUCGAGAACCAAUAACGAACAUUGAGGUAGUUGAAGCAUUAUGAUUCAUCCGUCUUCCUGCUACGGUUGAUGCGAGACAGACGUUGUGUGCCCGAAGUUGGCGAGUGACGAGAGGAGGGUUGUUAAAACAAACAGACGAUACAUU